ACUCGUGUUAGGACGGUGUCACAAGUCACUGCCGUUCUGAUACACUUUUGCAUAGUAAUUACAUUAAUAACUUCAGUAAUGGAAGUGUGGAACAAACGAGAGAUUUCGAGGCCUCCUGACUACAGCAUUAAAUAUACACAGGAGGAGCGGCGCUUAGAUAAUUUUGAUGUUUGCGCACAAUCUCUGCUCGAGGGUGUCCUGUGUGGCCAUGCUGUUUUAUGUGAUACAGAAGUGUCGGGAUGUUUUCAACGUGAGGCUGCAAUUCUCACAGCAACACUUUUUCAAAAUGGUCGACAUCGCACUGAGAAGUUUUACAGAGUUUUGAAGAGGGUGGAGAAGUGUUCAGAGCGCUGGAAGGAGCUUAAUUUGAGGGAAAAUUUGGAUAAUCUUCGUCAGAUGAUGCCUACCAUUCCUCCUGCACAAAGACCCAUCCGGAUGCCAUCAAAACAAAUGUUUGAGUAUUUGUUGAUCAGAGUGUUAGGAGGCUUUCACCUUCUGCUCAGUCUAGAUGGGUAUUGUAGGGAGGCAAGUGGCUAUCUCAUGUCAAAAAUUUCAUCUGGCCAUUUCUUCAGUACAGCAAUGGUAUUUUUAGCCAAUGUGGCUCGAAUAAGGGCACUUGCACUUGAUUUAUCUGGGCAGUUGGCCAAGUUGUAUGAUGAUAUCUUCCCUUGGGUACAACAACUGAAAGGUGGUAGUGUGCCUGGGGUGGUCACUCAAGGAUCCCUACCUCAAGCACUUACAGAUGAUCUCCACAAGUAUUGUAGUUCAUUGGAAGUUAAAAGUAAUUCUGUGAUAGUCAAAGAAACUGGGAAAUACGUUCAGUCGUCGAGCUUAUUGAGCAUCUUCAAGGAAGAGGAAGAUAAAACUAUAACAGACUCCCAGUUAAAUGAACCAGCAGGACAUAAAAGAGGCUUGGUAGACAUUGAAGAUGAAGCAGUGUCCUGUAUACAAGCUAAGAGACCCUCAUGUGAAAAAACUGAGCUUGAUGUUGACUACAGACCUCGUGCAUUAUUAAUGACUCCUGAAGAAGAUAUUGGAGUUAGUGUAGAUAGUAAAAAGAAGCUCCCCAGAAAGUCUAGUAGUCUAAUUAAUGGUGUUAAGAAACAAAAGCAUCUUUCUGGCAGCCUAAAGACUGGAAUUCAAAUCAUGAAUAAAAGUGUUGGAACAGCUAAAAAUUCAUCUGUUAGCAGAGGAAAAAAGAGGAAGGGUGACACUGACAUGUUAGAAAGCAACAAGAAGAGUAAGAAUGGAUUGGACCACUACUGUCCAUCACUUUUAAAGGACGAAUCAAAAGUUACUCAGAAGUUUGUAAAGCAUUAUCAGAGAGUUAAUAACAAUCUAAAGAAAAUAUGUGCAGUAAAAGACUUUAAUAAAUUCUUGAAAAUGGAGAAGAUGAGGAGACUUGAAAAAGAUAAAAAAAGAAUUUCCAUACUAUUAAAGAAGGAGGAAUGGAAAAUUUUCACUAAGCUAAUAAGAAAGAGAGUGAAGAAGGCAGAAAAAUUAAACAGUAUGAAAUUGUCUGUAAGUGAAAGGGUUGAGGUGGAACGGUUAGUAGCAAAGACAAAAAUUAGAAUCAAGUUCUGGCUAUUGUACCCAGACCUGAAAGGUAAGAAACCCGAGGAUUGGAAAAAUAUUUUAUGUGAAAUAAAGAAUAACCGAACUAAACCCAGGAGAAAUAGAUAAUAUACAAGAUAUAAUACGAGUGAAACCUCUGGUCCUCUUCAGUGGACUGCUUAACCCUUAAGCCCUGGGUUAGGGUGCUGCUGGCAGGAACCACAUCCCCCCCCACAAAAAGUCGAGAAAAAGGCGGACGUUCUGGAAAGUCACCCCGGGCCUAAGGGUUAAGCGGACUGUAGGAUAUGGCAGUGUUGCUUCUCUGUCCCUCGGUACGUGAUAUGUAGCUUUGCACGACGCACAUCAGGGACUGGUUUCUUUUAAGGCGAGUUAUCGGUCCAAUACAUGGAUAAAGUUUAAUAAUCUAUAUAUUUCACCUCCACUUCAGAAUAAUUUUCACCAUUCAAUUUGUAAGCUUGGCAGUUACAUCGGUGAUUAAAUAAUAUUUUGGCUAAUAUUUCCAAACUCAAGACUUCUCGCUAGCUAUGUAUUUCCUGUUUAUGUAUAUACAGUAGUACUUUAUGUUUAUUAUGUUCCACAUGAAUCCCUUUCAAUAGUUUGCAUUACCUUAAUAUUAAAGAAUUUUUAAAAUCAUGACUGGCAAGUUUUAAUGCUAUAAAAUUUUCUGGACUACUAAAUUGAUUAGUUUUAUCCAUUAAAAUACAUAGUAAUAUGUGAAGGUAUUUAUAUGCAGCUCGUUGCUUUACUUUGCAAAAAUACUCCAGAAAUUACAACUGUGUAGGCUGCAAUACCUAAGAUACUGUAUUUUUCUCCUAUCUUAAGAGUUCUUCUCAGUUCAUGUUUGAACCACCUCCAGUCUACCCAGUUGUGAAUAUUAACUUCACUUUAUAGUUACAGAAAUGCAAUUGAGUUACAGUGCCUGGCCACAAUAUAGCACAGUACUUCAAUUUGUACAGACGGUUUAAUAUUUAGUGUGCUGUAUCCAUUCUUUUGAUAACAGCCCAUCAGGCCUAUGGGUCCACUUUCACAUUCUAAAUAUUUAACAGAUUGCAGCCAUAUUUGUUAAUAAAAAUUUUUAAAUGCUUAAGUAUACUAAAAAGAAACAAACAAAAAAUAUUGUUGUCCCCGGUGAACGGUUUUAUACAAUGAAGUGCCUUUUUCAUAUUACAGUAUCUGCUGGGUUGAUUAAGAGUCUGCAUGUAUGUCUUCUGUUUAUACUACUGUAUAUAUUUUAGUAAAUUUAGCAAAUUUUACAAUUAACUCUUACUUUAUGGUUUAAGAACAUAUUUUAAUGAAAAUGUGAAGAAAAAAAAAUUCCUAUCAAUUUCCAACACUUUUUUUAUACCCUGUAAUGCAUAAAUAAAAUAUAAAACCAAUAA